AUGGAUAUCUCAUCCCUUCAUAAGCAUGCUCAUCACAAGCUUGCCAGUCAGUUCUAUGGCCCUUUUAAGAUUGAACAAAAACUGGGCAAAGUGGCUUAUAAACUGUCUUUACCUUUGGAAGCCAAAAUACACCCUGUUUUUCAUGUUUCACUCUUAAAGAAAUUUGUUGGGACUCCCUUACCUGCUACUGUUGAGUUGCCACCACUUUCUGAUGAAGGAUUUAUCCAGAUUGAACCAGAGAAGAUUUUAGAUGUAUGUUGGAUAAAGCAGGGCUCUAAGUUCUUACAAGAAUAUUUAGUUAAAUGGAAACAAUUGCCCAUUGAAGAUGCUACUUGGGAAACUACAAUGCUUCUCCAAAAACAAUUUCCUGCAUUGAACCUUGAGAACAAGGUUCCUCCGGGCAGGGAAAGUAUUGAUAGACCCAGAAGGUCGUUGCGUCCUCCUAAGAAGAAUCCCAAGUUCCUGGAUUGA